GUAGUCGCAAAUUGUUUGUCUGCUUUACAAGAAAUUUGGACCUUAGAGUCAUCCACAUCAGAGGAAGCUGCCAGGGAGAGAGAAACUCUACUUAGCAAGCCAGUUGUAUAUUACCUUUUGAAUCGCAUUAAGGAAUUUAGUGAAUGGGCACAAUGUCUUGUGCUGGAAUUGGUGGCCAAGUACAUUCCAUCAGACAACAGUGAAAUAUUUGAUGUUAUGAACCUCCUUGAAGAUAGACUCCAGCAUGCAAAUGGUGCUGUUGUCUUGGCAACUAUUAAAGUAUUUCUACAGUUGACUUUAUCUAUGGCUGAUGUUCAUCAGCAGGUAUAUGAGCGUAUCAAAGCCCCUCUUUUAACUCAAGUGAGCUCAGGAAGUCCAGAACAAUCCUAUGCAGUUUUAAGUCACCUGCAUCUUUUGGUCAUGCGUGCACCUUAUAUAUUUUCUGCAGACUACAAACACUUCUAUUGCCAGUAUAAUGAGCCAUCAUAUGUCAAAAAGUUGAAGCUUGAAAUGCUGACUGCAGUUGCAAAUGAAAGUAACACCUAUGAGAUAGUGACAGAAUUAUGUGAAUAUGCUGCAAAUGUUGACAUUCCCAUUGCAAGGGAAUCAAUUCGGGCUGUUGGGAAGAUAGCAUUGCAGCAGUAUGAUGUCAAUGCUAUUGUUGAUCGACUUCUCCAGUUUCUUGAGAUGGAAAAGGACUAUGUUACUUCUGAAGCUCUGGUGCUUGUGAAAGAUCUGUUAAGAAAAUAUCCACAAUGGAGUCAGGAUUGUAUUGCUGUUGUUGGCAAUAUCAGUAGCAAAAAUGUCCAGGAACCCAAGGCUAAGGCAGCUCUUAUUUGGAUGCUGGGGGAAUAUUCUCAGGACAUGCACGAUGCUCCAUAUGUCUUGGAGAGUUUAGUUGAAAAUUGGGAUGAGGAACAUUCUGCAGAGGUAGUACACCUAACUUUUUAUGCUUUACAAUCUUGCAAUUUCUGCAUUUGAAAUUUAGAUUUCCAU